UAUCACCCUCUCUUCAAUACAACAUCAGAGCCAACCUACUUGCCCCCAUUUACCACUCUCUAGUAUCCCCUCUUCCCCUUUCGUCUUCUUUUCACUCUCACAGUCUCACUCUCCAGGAUUCUCUCUUUCCCCAACAGCCUGCUGAUCACGUUGUCCUUCUCCCCCAAAAUCAAAGCCCUAAUCUUCUCGCACAGCCCAGCUACACCCUUGAUCACUGAGAUUUUGAUACUGAUUGCUUUGCCCGAUUUGGUAUUCGCAAUUCAAAUUUUGAGAACUGAGCCUUCAAGGAAGGAAGAUCGGGAGUACAAGGAAGGCGUUUACAUUCCUCUCUUCUCUGUGAAAUCUCAUAUUUUCAACUGAGGCAAAUUCUUACUUUAAUUGCCCUUCACCCCACGUCUGGCAUUACAUAUGGAGCUCGCUUCGUCCUCCUCAGUCUUUGCACCAUCUUCAUCAUCUUCCUCCAACGACAUUCCUGCACUUAAGUCGAACAGUAAGUACAACGACUUUCGUAAAAAGGGGUUGGACCACUAUGGGUUGCUAAGACAGCUCCUCCCCACGGUUGCACAAACAUCCUCUACCCAACACGUCAGUGCAGUGUCCUUUGCCAGAGCCCCUGAAAGUCGAAAAACUGUAGAAUCUACACAAGUUCCUGACUACUCAAUGGCAAAGGUCACAAAGAUUUUGAUCUCUAUGUGUGAUGAUCUUGAUGAUAAAACCAUGUUCAAGGCCACUGAAAAAUUAGUAACGGCUGAAUGGAGGGAAGCUUUCAUUACUUCACUCCGGAUAGACGACUGGGCUGGAUCAAGUAUCUGAAUAGGUCAUCCUAGGGGAGUUUGUUCAGUUGCUUGUAUGGUUUAGUGGGGGCACAUUGUAUUGUGCUAAGGAACAAUUAUGUUAUUAUAUUUGAAUAUGUAUGUUAAUGACCGUACUAUUUGGUGAUUUGUUAUGUUUAUUACCUUCUCUUGUUACAAACAGUUU